AUGAAUGUAUCGUCGACGACGAUGUCGACAGCACUUUCUGAACAACGUCUCGUGGAUUUUAAACGUAUUGUCGAAGGUUAUUUACUAUCAAUAGUAUGUAUAUGUGGUUUAUUAGGUAAUGCAUUAACAUGUGUGAUAUUAUCCAGUCGAAUUAUGCGUACAUCAACAACAAAUAUUUAUAUAUUUGCACUAUCAUGUGCAUCAUCAUGUGUUUUAAUUGGUUUUUUACUAACACAUGGAAUACGCUCAACUUUUCAUGCUGAAACAUUUUAUCAAUAUAUAUUUACGAAAGUUUUUCCCAUACAUGUAACAUGUUUGUUAAUACAAAUAUAUUUAACAGCAACAGUUGCUGUUGAUCGUUUUAUUCUUAUAUGUUUACCAUUUCGAGGUCAAAAAUGGCGUAGUCCACGACAUGCAGUAUUUGUUGUUUUAUGUGUUGCAUUAUUUUGUAUAUUAUAUUGUAUACCAUUUUGGUUUGAAUUUACUCUCAUUGAAGGAAAUAAUAAUACACGAGUUAUAUCUUUAUCAAAAUUUGGAGCACAUCGAUUAUUUCGUUUAUUAAUGCGAAAAUUUCUUUAUUUUAUUUUUGUUUUUCUUAUUCCAUUAUCAACAAUAUUAAUAUGUAAAACAAUGAUUAUUAAAAAACUUUAUACUGUACGUCGACGUAAACGUUUAUUGGGUAAUUUAUCAAAACAAAAUCGAUCAUCAAAUGCUAUUAAUUUCUUAUUAUUAUCAAUUGUAUUUGUAUUUCUUGUUACACAGUUUCCUUAUUUUAUAUUUAAUGUUCUUUAUUCAUGGUUUGGUGCCACCUUAAUGGCUAAUCUACGUGCAAGACAAUAUUUAGCUAUAAAUAAUCUUUUAUCUGUCAUAAAUGCAUCAUCGACAUUUAUUCUUUAUGCUUUUUUCGAUAGAAAAUUUCGUCAAGUUGGUCAACAUUUUUUAUUUUGUCGACCUUUACCAGCUGGUUUUGACGCUCAAAAUGGUAUAACACGAAUAAUAACAUCAAACCGUAAUGCAAGUAUUUUCGUAUCUAGCUCAAAAUCACGUCAUUCAUCAAUACAUUUAAUAAAAAAUCAUCGAUAUUCAGCAACCGUAAAUAAUAAUAUACCAGACUUAGCAAAACAAUUAAUUGUAACACCAUUAAAAGUAACAAGAAGUGUUCCAUUUUUUGAAACCCAAGAUCAAGUACCGACAUUUGAUUGA